AUGGAUUUUAUUGUGAGGGUAGCUGCGCUUUAUGUGCUUUGGAAGGCUGAAAAAUGGCGUAGACUCGUUUGGCGCCGUGUCUGGGUCCAUCAGAUCCUUCAGAGGCACACCCAGCUUGGUGAGUUUCACCAACUCCUCCAAGAGCUGCGCCUGGAUGACGGCCGCUUUCAGCGGUACUUCCGACUGAGCCGGUCCCAGUUUGAUGACCUGUUGUCCCGUGUCGGUGGGAGGAUUUCCCGCCAGGACACCAACUACAGGCGCUCUAUUCCACCUGCAGAGCGCCUGUCCAUCUGUCUCCGAUAUCUUACCGCUGGAGACUCCUUCCGGACCAUCGCCAGCAGCUUCCGUGUUGGUGUCUCCACAGUCUGCAAGGUUGUCUCAGACGUGGUGACCGCAAUCUGGGACUGCUUAGUGGAGGAGUUCAUGGCUGUGCCCUCCACAGACGAAUGGAGGUUCAUUGCAGAGGGUUUUGAGAAGAGGUGGAACUUCCCGCUCUGCUGUGGAGCACUGGACGGCAAGCACGUCCUGAUAAAGGCACCCCCCAACACCGGAUCCCAGUUCCACAACUACAAGGGAACUUUUUCCUUAGUUCUCCUUGCUGUUGUGGAUGCAAGGUAUUGCUUCCGGGUGGUUGAUGUCGGGGGAUAUGGGCGGACGAGCGAUGGUGGGAUUCUGGCCAACUCAGCCUUUGGCCAGGCACUCCGUGGUGGCACCCUCCAUCUGCCACCUGACCGUCUUCUCCCAGGAGCUGACCACAGAGGACCCCAGCCCCAUGUCUUUGUGGCAGAUGAGGCCUUUCCCCUCAGGAAAAACCUCAUGAGGCCAUUCCCUGGGCGCACCCUUCCACGAGAGAGACGAGUCUUUAAUUACCGUCUCUCCAGAGCCCGGCUGGUGGUGGAGAACGCCUUCGAGAUCCUGUCCUCACAGUGGAGGAUGUAUCACCGCCUCAUAGAGGUUCAGCCUGAUGUUGUGGAGAGGUGUGUGAAGGCGACGUGUCUCCUCCACAACUUCAUGAGGAGAUCUGCAGAGGUACCUGCUGUGAGGGGGGUGGUGCAAGGUGCAGAGGACUCGCUGCAGAGUCUCGGUCGGGUUGCUGCCAAUAAUUCUGCCAGAGAGGCCAUCCGGGUCAGGGACAGCUUCAUGGCUCACUUUUCAGCCGAGGGAGCAGUCCCGUGGCAACCGACUGAAUAGUUUUUGUUUAUUAUAUCCUGUGCUGUUUAUGUCCUUUAUGUUUUGCUCUUGUAAAUAUUCUCAUCCUUUUGUCUUUUCUUUUGAUUUACACCAUUUAUAUAUUGUAAAUAAUCACAUCUUUUCAACCUCUCUUGUAAAUAUUGCUAUCUUUUUUUCAUCCUUAUCUCUUGUAAAUUUUUCAUUAUAAUCUAAACUUGAACAAAAAAUAUUUUUCUUGUUUUCAAAUGAUAAAUGGAGCCAGCCUCCAAA